AUGGACAUCACCAAGUACGUCGUCGCCUACCGCGAGGCCGCCUUCCUCCUGGGCGACUACAGCACCUACCGCGCCCAAUUGACCCGCCGACUGCGCAUCGUGCAGAAGAAGCUCGGGCGGGCGACUCCCAAAAAUGCCAAGUAUGCCGCAAAGGCCCCCGUGACGGCCGAGGACAUUGCGGCGAACAUUGAGUUCCUCCACCUCCUCCUCCUCACCUCGGAGCGGGCAUGGGCGCAUGCCAUGGCCAUGAAGGCCCUCCACUCCGAGGACAAGGCCGACAAGAACAUCACCGGCUCCACCCGCCAGCACAUCAUCUCGCGACUGCACAAGGCCGUGCAGAGCGCGAAGGAGCUUGUGCAACUGCUCUCGGACCCGGCGAGCGGGGCAACGCCGACGGACGUGCUGGAGGCCAGCGCAUACGUGUAUGCGCUUGCUGGUGCGCAGGACUUUGAGAAGCAGGCCGAGGGGAUCAAGGCCAAGGCCGCCUCCCCUCAGCGCUGGGACUCGUGUCUCGCCAACUUCGCCGCGGCCAGGAUCGUGUACAGUGCGCUGCACAAGGCCACCAAGAGGGAUCUCUUCAAGGACGUCCUGGCUGGGAGCAUCGACCCAAGCAUUCGAUACGCCGCGUACCAGAACCGCAUCCCUCGCACCGUUGGUGUCCCGGCCGUUGCGAGGCAGUACUUUCCCCACAAGGACGAGCUGCUGGCCAAGGCCGUGCUGCAGAUUGACGCAGCCGCACUGCAGGGCGAGGAGGCGACGGCGUCAAGCACCCAGAUCACCUGGCGCGGCCGCACCGCCAACAUUGUCGAUGCUGCCAUCGGCCAGGCUCUUGUUUCCGUCGAAGCCGCGUCUGGCAACCUCGGCCAGUCCAGCGCCUCGUCCGCUCCGAAAGACCGUGCCAACGCAUACGACGACAUCCUCAUCGCAAGCCAGGACGCUGUCGACGCGACACGGAGAGCGAUGGACGAGCUGGAGAAGGAGGGCGUGGACGAGGGAGAUGCGCGCAUGCAGGAUCUCCGCGUCACCAACCUCGCCGUGAACUAUGACCUGAUCUCGUGGCGCAUCGGCAGAAACAGGGUGCUCAUCGGUGCUGACGACGGCCUCACCUUCUCCCCAAACCCGCCCCAGAAGCCAAGGCGGCCGCGCAGGGAUGGAAAGGAGUGGGCCGAUCGGGAGGAGCCAACAGGUCGCAAGCUCGCAAGACUACGGGAGCGCAUCGCCCUGUACGACGCAAUCCUGCAGAGUAUCGACUCGAUCAAGGACCUCAGGGGUGCAGCACGCGACACAGGCUUCAUCGCCGAGCUGGACGGACAGCGCGCCUACUUCCAAGCGUUGAAGUGUCUGAACCUGUCACACGCCCACGCCUUCCUCUCCGCACCGAAGCAGGCACUUGCCCUCUGCAGCCGCGCCCUCUCUCUGUCUUCCCACGCAACAUCCGCGCCGAACUCAACACCUACCACCGCCCCGUCCGCCACGAAACUCGCCGUCUCAGAACAGCAAGCCUCCACCCUCCAACAGACCCUGCAGAACCUGAACUCGCACUACCGUGGCGUCGUCGCCCUCUCCCAGCUCUCCGCCAACUCCGAAACCGCAUCCAAAGCCGGUCGAUCCAACGCCGCACCUGUGGUUGAGAGGCUGAACGAGUACCCAUCUUCCGGCUCCGUCGAUCUCAAGAACCUGGUCACGUGGCCGCCGAAGCUCAAGCCGGUGCCUGUCAAGCCGCUGUUCCUGGAUGUCGCGUGGAAUUAUGUCGAGUAUCCGGGUAGGAAGCAGCAGGUGCAGGAGCCGGAACCCGAGAAGGUGGAGGAGAAGAAGAAGAAGAAGAAGGAGGAGGAGGAGGAGGUGAGGCCGCAGGUUAAGAAGGGGUGGUUUAGCUUUGGGCGGUAG